GAUGUCAAUUAGUCAAAUCCCCUUCACUCCAUCUAUACAUUUACCUUCCAAAUCAAUUCAAAUCACAGAAGACGGAUCCGAUUCUCCCAUUGCAAUUUCUCCACCCAAAGGUUUCCCAUUUCUUGAACAAUCGAAUCCAACCCAACCCACAUUUUGAAUUUCGAUUUUGAUCCUCACCAUUUCUGCAAUCUCACUCAGAUCCAACCGCACCAGCAACUCGUUGGGAAGAAGAUGGAGGGGACUGUGUUCGCUCCUGCUCUGGAAGGAUUCAAGACUGUCAAGUCCGAACAAGGAGAGAUUCUGACCAAGCCCUUCCUUGAUGUCUGCAAGCAGAUUUUGCCUGUUAUAGAUAAGUUUGGAGCUGCUAUGACCCUUGUUAAAUCGGACAUCGGAGGUAACAUAACGAGAUUGGAAUCUAAAUAUACAUCCAAUCCUGCCGCAUUCAACCACUUGUACAGAUUGGUACAAGUUGAGAUUGAAACGAAAACAGCAAAAGCAUCAUCCAGCUGCACCAAUGGUCUUCUUUGGUUGACAAGAGCAAUGGAUUUCUUGGUAGAGCUAUUCCGGAACUUACUGGAGCAUCAAGAUUGGUCAAUGUCACAGGCUUGUACAGAUUCCUACGGCAAGACCCUGAAAAAAUAUCAUGGAUGGCUUGCUAGUUCAAGUUUCAGUGUUGCCAUGAAGCUUGCUCCUGACCGAAAGAAGUUCAUGGAGGUGAUAGGAGGCAACGGCGAUAUCAUGGGUGACAUAGAGAAAUUCUGCACUGCCUUUACGCCUCUUCUUCAAGAGAAUCACAAGUUUUUGGCUAGGGUCGGCAUGGAUGAUUUGAAGGCUUCGUAAUUGAGAAGGUUUUCUGAUGAGAGGAAGCUCGUGCUCUUGGACAUGUCCUAGUCCUUCAACUUAAAACAUGAAAAAUAAUGCGACUUUUUUCCUGCAUUUAACUUGGAUAUUUGAUUUUAUGUUUAAUGUUCAAUUCUUAUGAAUGUUUAUUACACAGGGUAUCUGAUUGUUAUUUGGUUU